AUGGCAGACCAGAAUCCGGUCCCAGUUCCCGGCACAGCGCAACACUAUCCUCCACCGGAUGCGCCUGCUGUGCUGGAGUCCAAUGUGUAUUCUGACGCGGAGCCGUCCCGCAACCCUCAUCUCCGCCGCGGUAUGAUGCGCAGCAACGGAAGUGUCUCUUCGAGGCGCGGCCCCAACACGCCUGGCGCCGCGUUUCGCCGUGCCUCCUCUGAAGAGCCCAUCAAUCAGUCACAACGCGGCGCUGGCGGCGUGCGCUACGAGACGGACGAAGAGUAUAGCGACCAGUACUGGGACCAGUACGGGAGCCCGCGUCACCCUGACUUCCAGGACCCUCCUCACCGGCCCGGCACUCGCCAGGGCCCCAGCCACAGCCGCUCGCAGUCCCGAGCUCGCCCGCCUCGCGCCCAUCUCAACAGGCCUUUCAACUACGAGGCGCAGAAUGAGAAGGGUGAAGCAACAUAUGUCGACGAAGGGCACGAAGGCUCGUUCCUCGAGGCCCGCCCGCGGUCGUCGCGCCGCCGCAACGAUGAGGAGAUGGGUGGCUUCGCACCGAGAUAUAUCGCCACCAAUGACAGCGCGCGGCGCAUCGACUGGAACAGCCUGACGCGGGACGAGCGCGCCGAGGUGAUGCGUCUGCCCUGGACGCAGUGGAUGAACAGCGAGGUUAAGAACCACUUUGUGGCGUCGAUGGGCGAGUUUGUCGGGACGACCAUGUUCCUCUUCUUCGCCUUCGCCGGUACCGAGGUGGCCAACAUUCAGUCCAACGUCACCGACUCGGGCGGCAGCGACAGCAACACGACGACGGGCGAGACGACGGGCUUUGACGUCGGCGUGCUCAUGUACAUUUCCGUGGCGUUCGGCUUCUCCCUCAUGGUCAACGUGUGGAUCUUCUUCCGCAUCAGCGGCGGCCUGUUCAACCCGGCCGUGACGCUGGCCAUGCUGCUCGUGCGCGCCAUCACGCCCGUCCGCGCGGCGUGCCUCUUCGUGGCGCAGAUGCUGGGUGGCCUCAUCUCGUCCGUCAUGGUCCGCUACCUGUUCCCCGAGAACUUCAACGUCCGGACGACGCUCGGCGGCGGCGCCUCGCUCGUGCAGGGCGUCUUCAUCGAGGCCAUCCUCACGGCCGAGCUCGUCUUCACCAUCUUCAUGCUCGCCAAGGAGAAGCACCGCGCCACCUUUAUCGCGCCCGUCGGCAUUGGCCUGGCGCUGUUCAUCGCCGAGCUCGUGGGCGUGCAGUUCACGGGCGGCUCGCUCAACCCGGCGCGCAGCUUUGGGCCCUGUGUUGUCACGGCGACGUUUGACAAGGAGCACUGGAUCUACUGGGUGGGACCGCUGAUUGGAUCUCUGAUCGCCGUCGUGUUCUACAAGUUUAUCAAGAUGCUCGAGUACGAAAUGGUCAGCCCCGGCGCCGACGGCGACCCGACCAAUGAUCCGACCAAGAACCCCGAGAAGCGCGCCGAGGUGGCCUUUUCGCGCAGCCUGACAAAUGCGGCCAAGGUGUGA